ACUAUUAGAUAAAUUAUUCUUCAAGGUAUUUCGUAAUGUUUUUUUCGUUUGGAUUCUAGUCAUAAAUAAAUCAACUACAUUUUUUUCCAAUUCAGAUGGGGUUCAAGAAGCGUAUUGAUAACAUAUGCGAGUCACCAACGUUGCAAGGGUUAACGCGUAGUAUAGAUAUCCGGUUUUGUCGCAAUGAGAAGCUUCUAGUUACGUCGUGCGCGUUGGACCUUAAUUGGUCUGUCUCAGAAGAACCGUUAGUCAACAACGACGUAGUCUGGCUUGGAACCGCAGUAGACAAUUUGUUCUACACUUCUGAAAAUUUCAAACUUUCGCAACCAGUAUUCAAUCGUUACCCAGGACUGAACUAUUUAGUUAGAAAGCGAUGUCUUGCACAAGUACUUCAAUUUCUUGGUCAACUACAUCCCGAUUCCAUCAAUUUUUACCCAGAGACAUAUUUAGUUCCCGAAGACUUGAAUAUGGCAUAUCAAAAUGAAAAUUGGAAUUUUCCAGAUAAUCUUCAGCAUAGUUGUGCUAAUCAAAAUAACAAGCUGAAGGUUACCAAAGAAGGAUUUACAUAUAUUUUGAAACCAGACAAUGGGUCACAAGGAAUGGGGUUGCGGCUUGUAAAUCGACUUACUGACAUUCCUCUAUCUGUUAUUCACGGACCUCAAAAAUACAUCUUACAACGAUAUAUUUUGAAUCCUAUGAAGCUAAAAAAAAAAAAAUUUGACAUUAGAGUUUAUAGUUUGAUAACUCAAGUGUUUCCCGAAUUAGAGGCUUACAUAGGAACGGAAUGUUUAGCGAGAUUUUGCACUGACAACUACGUUACGCCUGAAAAAAGUAAUAUCCAUAACGUUUAUAUGCACUACACCAAUUUCAGCAUUAAUAAAAACAGUAAACGAUUUACGAUUUCGACAAAUAUUCAUAAUCCUUUUAAUAGCAAACGACACUUCCGUGGUGUUCUAGACGAUUUGCACCGAAAAAGUUAUGAUCCCGGAGAUAUUUGGUCCCAAAUUGUUUUUAUUGUUCAAGAGACCCUUCUAGCUUUACAACCUAUGUUGGUUCUGAAUUACCUUUAUAUAUUUAGAAACACAUCAAGGUCAACAAGGCAAAGGUGUUUUCAAAUUGUAGGAUUUGAUAUUUUACUAGAUGAUACUGGUCGUGCAUGGCUUCUAGAAGUGAAUUCCAAUCCGAGUUUGCGAACAACGUUUGACGAUUCGGACGGUGUUAGUCGUAUAGAUCAUUAUAUCAAGUAUCCUCUAGUCAAAGAAGCUCUGCAUAUCGUCAGCAGUCGGCUUUUCCAUAAUCCCCGCAAAACCUCCAAUGUUUCUUCAACUUCAAGUAGUUGUUAUAUUAUUAGGAAAUCCGACAAUAAGCAUUUUCAUAAAAGAAGCAGAGAAAUGAAUGAACCAUAUGCAAGCGAUGAAUGUAAGAAUUGUUCAACGGAAUCGCAGCCUGCAUCAGAACUGGAUGUUAUUACUCAUAAAACUAUAAAACUUCUUUGUAGUCUAAAGUACUGGAUGCCUAUCGCGUUUCCACAUAGUGAAAAAAAAAAUUUUGAGAGCGGCAUCAAGAGAAAUAAGUGUGUUCAAAAAGGAAAACAUAUUUUAAAUUGCUUGCGUAACAAACAAACAAUUUUUUGCAAAGAUAGCAACUCCUGCAAUGAGAGUUAUGUUUGUUGGGCGUUUGUGAGUCUAGCAAUAAAGCGGUACUGGCGUACUUUUUCAAAUAGGGACCGACUACUAGUUUUAUGUCGAAAAAUCUUUGAAAGAGUUACUUUAUUUCCACGGUCAACGUCAAUUAAUCCUAAUCAAUGGCACGCAUUUACUCAUCAUUCUAAAAUGAAAGACAUGCUGUCAACAGUUAGAGUACUAUGUCCGAUGAGUAAAGAAUCUGACCCUUUAACCCAUCUAUUGCCUCUUUCUGAGAAAAAGGUCUAUACAAAGUAUAUUCGAGAACUAACCUGGGCUGACUUAGAACUCGUUUACUUUUACAACUUGUACAUGAAUGUAUACUCGAAAGCUGAAUGGAGUUCGCGAGCGAACGGACUCUUGUAUACGGAAGCGGAAUCUGUCAAUGGUUUAUCAUUUUGGGGAGUUUCUCAAUUGCUAUUACAAAUUUCAGCUUUGAUUCACAUAACGCAAGCAAAUUUUCAAAACAACAAUUCCACAAUCGGAUGGAUUACAAAUUUACCAGGAAUAUCUGAAAGAACAACUGGGAUACGGGAAAGAUCUAAAAUAUCCUUGUCAGAUGUGUUUUCUCUCAUUAGAUUUUAUCCCGAUACCCAUACAAUUUGUACAAAAGUUUUGGAAAAAGAUCCCAAGGGACUUGCAAAGACAGCUAGUUGGUUUUUACGUAGUCUGUUACAUAAUAUGAAUGAAGCACAAAUUAUUGCUUAAACGACUAUAUUAAAAUUCUUUGAUUUUUCGUAAAGUUUAAUAAUUUUAUGCUUAUAUUUGUUAUUUUAACUAAAAAAACGUAACUGGUUAAUUAUAAGAGACCGAAUAUUUCCAAGUAUACUA